AUGUCACCCUCACCCUCCCCAUCACCCUCCCACCCAUCGGCCUCGACGCCGCAUCUUGAGGAGUCUCAACUUCCAAAAGGACAAUGUCGCUAUAUUCUCAUGAUACCUGAGCUCAAAGGCCAGCGCUGUGGAUGUAUGGGCUUCGACCACAACAAAUCACGACCUGGUGCGACAUGCAACUGUGGUCACCUGUCCUGCUUCCACAUCACUGCAGCCGAUACACCAACACCCAGUACAAACAAGUCUGAGAUCGAACUAGUCAAACACCAAAUGCAAGUUUUGGAGGAAAAUUUUAACCGGAACGACCAUGAUCGAUUUUCGCAUGUAAUUGCCCGCAUCAGUGAAUUGGAAGAGGUUGUCGAGAAGAACAAAGAGGAAGCCGAAGUUGAACUCAAAGCUUCAUAUCGCAAUGCGUCUGCCGCCUGGGCACUCGUCUCAGAAUUGCAACAGCAGAUGAAGAACAUGGAGCAAACUCUGCAAUCCUACAACGAUCAGAUGGUUAGGACGGGAAGAGAAGUCGAAGAUUUACGCAAUCGCCAACUUGAGUUGUUGGACAGUGACGAGGUAUUGGAGGAGAGAAUCGAAAAGCUCGAGGAUGCCGAGCCGCUAUUGUCGCCCCCUCAAGAACCUGGCCAAGACGAUUUACUGCUGGAUGUAGUCCAUCUCUCGCCUGCAACUACCACAGUUUCUAAACCACCAUCGAAACUACUAGACGGGCUGUCGAAAGCCCAAUCCUCACCCACGGAAUGCCCAAAAUCAUGGACAGUGCAUGUAUCUCUCAUGCCCUCCAAGGACACCCCCUUCCCCUUUGAAAAAGACACAACCUCUUACAAGAGAUGCCUAUCCCGCGGACUUCACCGUAUGUUGGUAGUGGAGGGAGAUGAUGCCAAGUCAUUCACAGAUGCCGUAUCACGAGCAUUUGAGUCCUUGCUGAAAGGGCGGCCAUGGGUACCAUUACAAGCAAAGCUAUGUGACGCAGAGCGACUGCAGGGCUUGCCGAUGCUGCGUCCCCUGGAGCUCAGGCUCGCGCAUGGCCCUUACGACCGGGCCUUCCUCAGCCAACACUGUGCUGUAUUAGAUGCCAGUGGCAAAAUGGACUCGCUAUACAUCGCAAUGGCGCACGACUCUUUAUCGUGGAAUUUUCUUAAGCGAUCGCCCGUCUACCUAGAUGGGCUGGAGGCCUCUUGGGAACGCGACAGCAUGCUUGACAAGAGAGACGAACAAGGCCUGCCAACCAGAGAAAACCAUGGCGAUGAGGGUGAUGAGUCACCUCCUGCCGGCAAUAUCAUUGGGGCUUUGACAGGCUUUAAGCGCAGUUUGUCUGAGAUUUCCUGCUCGUCGCUUGAUGACACUGAAACUCCCGUACCCAAGAUGGCACGAUCAUGCAAGACGUCUCAACUGGAGAUGCGACGCGGAGUAGAAACUGCGCGAUAA